AGGAGAUGUGGAGCCAUCAGGAAAGAAAACGAAACAGAGGGAAAAAGCAGUCAGAGGUGCCAACGUAGGUUAAACAAUGUUUUGUCAUUUCAUUUUAUUUUUUCCUUCCAAAAGGAAGAAAUAUUUCUUGCCAAAGGGCUGGAAAAUCCACUUGCUGACUACAGGGGACUUCCCGACAGUGAGCCCAGAAAUCCUGAGCAACACUUUCCCAGCCUACGAUUAGAUGUCCCCGCCCCCACCCCCCACCCCACCCCCAACUAAGGAAAUGUUCAGUGACUUUCAUUUUCAAGCCUGUGCUCCUCUCAAGACAACAGAAAGGGACUCAGGCUGUUACCUAUGGCUGAACACAAACACAAAAAAAACCCACUUAAGUUUCUGGAGUCGGCGGGCAAAGAGUUCCUCACCGGCUUUGUAGAGGACUUCAUGGAAAAAAAUGACGUGAAAUUGGAGGAAGCAGAGAAGAAAAAGGUUUACGAUUUAAAAUUCUUGGUGGAUUCUAUACGACAGAGACACCAUGAGGCAGGUCAAAUCUUACUCCAAACCUUCCUUAACACAGACAAAAAUGCCACCAGUGUAGAAGCUCCUGCAGAAAUUGAGGCUGGACCGGAUGAGGCAGAAGAAGGUACCCUGAAGCUUUGCCCUCAUGAAGAAUUCCUGAAACUGUACAAAGAAAGGGCUGGAGAGAUCUAUCCAAUAAAGGAGAGGAAGGACCGAACCCGUCUGGCUCUCAUUCUAUGCAAUACAGAGUUUGAGCAUCUUCCUGUCAGGGACGGGGCUGCCCUUGACAUCAUAGGAAUGAAGGGGCUGCUUGAGGGCCUUGGCUACUGUGUGGAUGUGGAAGAGAGGCUCACGGCCAAGGACAUGGAAUCAGUGCUGCGGAGGUUUGCUGCCCGCCCAGAGCACAAGUCUUCAGACAGCAUGUUCUUGGUGCUCAUGUCUCACGGCAUCCUGGAUGGCAUCUGCGGAAAGACGCACAGUGAUGAGAAACCAGAUGUGCUGCCUUACGAUACCAUCUUCCGCAUCUUCAACAACCGCAACUGCCUCAGUCUGAAGGACAAACCCAAGGUCAUCAUUGUCCAGGCCUGCAGAGGUGCAAAUCGUGGGGAAUUGUGGGUCAGUGACGCCCCUCCAGCAUGCUUGACAGACAGCUCUUCAGAGCCUCUUGACAACCUGGAGGAAGAUGCCGUUUACAAGACGCAUGUGGAGAAGGACUUCAUUGCUUUCUGCUCCUCAACCCCACAUAAUGUGUCCUGGAGAGAUAUCACAAAGGGUUCUCUCUUCAUUACACGUCUGGCUCAUUGUGCAGAACGUUUCCUGAGAGUGCAUACAAAGUAUGUGUCAUCCAGAACCUCUUUUUGUCUCUAGGUACAACAGUCAUUUGAAAAACCGAAUGUUAAAGCCCAGAUGCCCACCAUUGAACGACUGUCUAUGACAAGAUAUUUCUACCUCUUUCCUGGCAAUUGA